AUGUCUCGCAUUAUUAGCAGGAGACACUUCUCGCUGGCAAAAGCAAGUCUUCUGUCCUAUCAGCAACAACUCCAUAACUCAGUGGAGAAUGUGUCUGCUUUAUUGGAAGCAAACGAUAGACUGUCGUACUUGCUAGCACAAUAUGUUCCUGAGCCAGCCAGAAACGCCUUUCUAGCCAUACGUGCCUUUGGACUAGAGGUCAAUAAGAUUUCGGAUGGUGGAAGCAACGUCGGAUCACGAGCUUCGAAAGCUCUGAGUCAAUUGUCUAGUUCCAUGGGAAUCUCUACCGCAGACAUGAAAUUCAAAUUUUGGAGUGAUCUCAUUGGCAAAGCCUUUUCCGGCCACGGUGAAAUUGGCGAGCCUACGGCUUUCUUGCUCAGAGAUGCCUUGGAUAAUGGCUUAAAUUUGGACAUUGCUCAUUUUCACCAGUUUCUUCAGACCAGAAGCUAUUUCUUGAAAACAAACCAAUUCAACACGGUGAAUGACAUCUGCUCGUACGGAGAAGGCACUUAUUCGCAGCUCAAUUAUGCCACUCAGGGUUUGCUCUUGUCUCCGUCCAUUUCUCCUUCAGUGAUUCACAUGUUAGAAUUGUCUACUUCUCUCCAGACGAAAGUGGGAGACAUCGCUGCGCACAUUGGCCAGGCCACCGCUGUCAGCUCCAUGAUAUUGGGGCUCCACUAUUACUCCACUACUCGUAACCAUGUGACUGUUCCUGUGGACCUCAUGACGAAGUUUGAGCUUUCACAAGAGGCGGUGUUGCGUUUGACUCAGGGACAUAUGAGCGAGCCUGCUGAGGUUGCAGAGACCAAAGAAAAGUUGCAGAACGUUGUUUUCGAGACGGCUGUAACUGCCAACGACCAUCUUUUGUCUGCACGGACAAAAUUGGAUCAGGUCAAGAGUGAGAUUGCUGAGCUUGUUGGUUCGAGACCCAACGAUGGUCUUCUUGGCCAGAAGAGCAAAAGGUGGCGCAAAGGAUUACCGGAUGUGGUGUUUGUGCCGUUCAUGGUGUCCAUUCCAACGUCGUUGUACUUGCAGAAGCUUGAGAAGUACGAUUUUGAUGUGUUGAGUCCCAAGCUUCAACAGAAGGAGUGGAGGUUGCCAUGGAAGUCGUUUCUCAGUUACUACCAGCGGAAAAUUUAA